AUGGACCAGCGAAAUGUCCUGAUCAAGAGAGUGCGCCGCCGUCAGCACAGCAGCUGUGAUCAAUGUAGGAAAGCGAAACGAGCCUGUGACGCCGCUUUCCAAGCAGAACAUGAACACUUCCACCACGCCUCGCCAGUUGCAUCGACACCGCGACACACUGCCCAUCAAGGCAAGCCGCAAAUCCCUGUAGCACGGUGUUCCAAUUGCCAGAAGGCUGGCCGAAAUUGUACCUUCGAGUGGCUGGAAUGUGCCUUGCCCAAGGCAAACAAAGGCAUCAAAAAGAAGUCUCAACCACGCAACGACAUUGACGCGUCGAGAGAAGGGUCUACCGCCCACUUCUCCACGCAGAAGCCGGCCUAUGCAUCAACCCUGGGGAGCGACCCCGACUUCUUCGCAGACCUUGGAACAGCGAAUCUUGGCCUCGACCACAUCGACGAUGCUGACCUGUUCGACAUUUGGAGGUCCCCAGAUAUCCUCUUCGAUCAUGGGGUAUCCGCAGCCCACUUUGACGGGUUCACAAAUCCGUGUGCCGCAAGCAAUCCAAUACCGAGCACCAACAAACCACCUCCGAUGGCCAUGGCUAGAUCUUGGAUCGAAGACGAACCAGAGCUGCCGUCGCUCGAAGAUAUCCAAGACCAGGAAGUGAUGGAUCUCGAAGAGCAGUCAUAUCAGGAAGGGGGACAGGGUCUCUACCCAACAGACCCAUGGUUUCAAGAACCAGAGACAUCACUCCUCUUCGCCAAUUCCGAGUGCAGCUCAGUUCCGAUGAUAUCGGAUGACGAAAUUUCCUCGUCAUUGCUUUCCACUAGCACUCUGUCCUCAGGAACCAACCGAUGGUUGUUGGCUCAAAAUUGGUUGCGCGUAUAUCAUGACAGCCUGGAAAAUGCCCUUUCCUGCUGGCUUACUGAGAGAAACUGCCCGUACACACUCGCCCGCAACGACGCCGAUGGCCUUGCCGGGGUAUGGGGACCACAGUGGUCAAAUCGUAUCUACAAGAGAGUGUGUAGUCUGGAUAGGUUCGUCAAUGACUUGCCUGGAAGAAGCCCAUCGAGGACGGAAAACUCGAUGGCAGGAAAGGCUCUCAAUGCAGCAGUGAUGGCUUUCGGUGUCCAGUGGGCCCAAGCUGGUGAUCGGGCUAGCUUUCGGGAUCGCAUCUCAUCCUUCAUGGCCACAUCAAGUGUCCACAAUGCGAUGAAUCUUCCAGCCGCUGACGGGUUCGGCAGAUCGGUACAGGAAACACUGUGGUACCAAGCCCGUCAAGCAUUGCAGGACGCCGCCGGCAUACAAUCCUACAGGGUUGCCUUCGCCAACAUCGUCUUCUCUCUCACCCAGCGACCGCUCAACCUGCAGGAUUGGGCUCAGAGCACCACCUGGAAGCCACGCAACGAAAACCAAAGGUGUGCGAGCAGCGUCCGGUCAGGACUGACCCCUCAAUCUGAUUCUGGCGGAUCUGGUCUUCGCGAUAGAGGACUUGGUUCGAGAUGGGACGCUCUUCAAGAGAUAAUCAAUGCGGAUGGCCCUCCAAUCUUCCUGGAGGCCGCAUCAAGGCAGCUUAUAUCCUCUCGGUGGCAGUGGGAGCGGUAUAAUCGGCAGAAGGCCAAGGAAACCGUCAGGUCGCCAUCUGGGUCUCACUGGGAAAGGGGUCGAGCUUCAACAGCAAGCGUAACCCCAAGCCGGAAACACCGAGAGACUUUCCAACUCCUUUCCUGGCUUGCCAUAAUGUUCGAUACCAUAUCUGCUGCAAUUCUUCAACGCCCUCCAGUCGUCCCAGAUGAAGACACCGGCAUCGAUUCCUCGGAUCCAUGGGAGACCACACCACAGUCUCCACCCGACCUGUCGGACGAUGACUUCUCGGCUUCAUCGGCGCGGGAUAUCGACCUUGACGGCUGGGAUCCUGUAUUCAUGUCACCGAAACCGCAAAAGCAACUUGGUUCAUCGGACAUCUGGGACAGCUUUUUCCUUCAGAGUCAGGACCUCGAAGACGGCAACGAAAGCCAACGGUCUUACAAGUUGGAUGACGCCGCUUCAAUUCUAUGUGAUGCUGCCCCGGUGAAAGUAUUACUUUUCCGGAAAGUAGGCCACAUACAAAAAUUGAUGUCCCGGCGGGCCGGGAGCGAGGCGCUUGAGCAGGCAGUGGAAAAAGCCCUGAGAGUCUAUGCGUUCUGGAAUAGAUCGUACGGGAGAUUCAUUGCCCAGUGCAUGACCAGGCACCACGACCUUCCAGCUCGCAUCCAAUCCUGGUAUCUGGUAUUGGCUGGGCACUGGCACCUUGGGACCAUCCUACUCGCAGACGUUGUGGAAGAGAUGGAUGAGGCUGGACUGAGCCGGUCAGCGCAGAGAGACAGGCGGCGAAUGUCCAACUUCUCGAAUGACAUGAGAAGAAAGAACGCCACCGCCAUUUCCGAGUUGUGUCGGUGCUCUUUGCAUGGCGAUUCACUGUCUUUUCCCACAGCCCGCGAGUUUACAUUUCCAGUCAACCAGGUUGCUCUCUUGUCGGAGCCAUGGACAUUAGUAUUGAUACAGUCUUUCAGUCGGGCGGGAUACGUCUUUGUGAGUCAGUUGAUUGCACCCCGACGGUGGAGGAAUGCAGGAUGGUCGACUGUCGAGGACGAAAGGAACCUGGCAAAAAGAAGGUGCGGCUAUUGCAUUGAAGGUCUUCUGAAUCUUGGGAACAAGUCAGAUAUGGCUUAUCUUGCAGGGAAAUUCCUCAAGGAUUGUCUGAACGAGUUGGACGAGUAA